GUGUAUAAAACCAAACUGAACCUUGGGUUGAUGAUCAGAUAAGCCCAUCAAUUAGUCGAUAAUUAAACUCUUAAUUAUUAGCUUACAUACUCCAAACUGUCUCUGGCUCUAGCUCCUUCUUCUCUCCAAUCCCUCUUUAAAUCUACCAUUUCUUCAUCACCCAACUAAGACCCAUUAACCCAACUCGCAUGACCCAGUUGCUAUUAAGUUCAGCUAUGGCUAUGGCCAUUGAUCAAACAUUUGGUGGGCAUGCGUUCGAUCUGGAUUUAUCUGGGUGCAGCAGCACCACCACCAACACCAUGUCCUCCGAUCACUGGUACGACUGGUCGCCGGUGGUCGACUGGGACGCGCUGGCUCCGACGGACCAGCUCGCCGGCGACGAUUUCCACGAGCUCAUCGAGUCGAUGAUGGAGGACCAGGACGGCAAUGAGCUGAACUCGUCGUCGGCGCAGGACGAGGUUCACGAAUUAGAAGCGUCUAACGAUACCACGUCGUCGGGCGAAAUUAUGAUGCUAACGGAAGAAGACGGAGGCGCUAACGGCGAGGACUCGAAGGGGCUUCGGCUCGUCCAUCUGCUGAUGGCGGCUGCUGAGGCCUUGACCGGCGCAAACAAGAGCCGAGAUCUGGCUCGGGUGAUAUUGGUUCGGCUCAAGGAGUUGGUCUCUCCAACUGACGGUACUAACAUGGAGAGGCUGGCGGCGUAUUUUACUGAGGCCCUUCAGGGUUUGCUAGAAGGCGCAGGGGGUGUUCAGGGUAAGCAUUUGAUUGGGAAUGGGGCCCACCGCGAUCAUGGACACCAUCCGACGGACGUGAUCGCUGCGUUUCAGCUGCUCCAGGAUAUGUCGCCAUAUGUUAAGUUUGGGCACUUCACAGCCAAUCAGGCGAUUCUAGAGGCUGUGGUCCAUGAUAGGCGGGUCCAUGUUGUGGACUAUGACAUCAUGGAGGGGAUCCAAUGGGCCUCUUUGAUGCAGGCCUUGGUAUCCAGGAAGGAUGGCCCACCAACCCCGCAUCUUAGGAUCACGGCGUUGUCGAGGGGUGGGAGUGGGAGGAGAUCAAUCGGGACCAUCCAAGAGACAGGCCGCCGUUUGACCGCAUUUGCCGCGUCAAUUAGUCAACCUUUUUCGUUUCAUCAAUGUAGGUUGGAUUCAGAUGAGACAUUUCGACCGUCCGCUCUGAAGUUGGUCAAAGGAGAGGCCUUAGUGAUCAAUUGCAUGCUAAACCUCCCACAUUUUAGUUACCGGUCUCCGGAUUCGAUUGCUUCGUUUUUAUCCGGAGCCAAGGCCCUGAACCCGAGACUAGUGACUUUGGUAGAAGAAGAGGUCCGGCCGGCGGGAGACGGAGGCUUUGUGGCCCGCUUCAUGGACUCAUUGUACCACUACUCAGCAGUAUACGACUCACUCGAGGCCGGGUUCCCCAUGCAAAGUAGGGCUCGGGCCUUAGUUGAGAGAGUGUUCUUGGGGCCCCGAAUAGCCGGGUCAUUGUCCCGAAUAUAUCGUGCCAACGGGGAGGUGGGUUGCUCUUGGUCGGAGUGGUUAGGUGCGGUAGGGUUUAAGCCAAUGCCAAUAAGCUUUGCCAAUCAUUGUCAAGCAAAGCUCCUGUUGGGUUUAUUUAAUGAUGGUUAUAGGGUGGAGGAGGUGGGCAAUCAUAGGCUGGUUUUAGGUUGGAAGUCUCGUUGUUUACUAUCAGCUUCUAUUUGGACGUCACCCCCAGAAUUUGAUUGUGUCAAUUAGCUUCUUCAACUUUUUUAUUUGCUUU